UGCUGCGUGCAGCCCUGCAUCGUCACGUUUUUACACAGCCGGGAACGCAUUUAACAGCUUAUGGUUCUUUAUAGUCCGGCCAUGGAGUCAGCAGAAGAGGAGUCGCUGCACAGCCAGAGCUCAGAGGAGGAAGGCGACGAACUGUCGGAUGGAGAGCUUCAAGAAGCCUUCACUAAAGGGCUGCUGAAGCCUGGCAUGAACGUUCUGGCCGAGGAGAGCAAGAAGUUCGUCAACAAUGCGGCGGGGUUGAGACAGUGCCUUGCUGAUUUCCGGAGAGAUCUGCCUUGGGUGGAGAGGUUAGACAUGACCAAUCCGCCCGCCGAAGACGUCCUAGCCAAAGCUGAAGGGAAAGUUCCUGCCGGGAUCAACGGAGAGCUUGAUGCCGAAGACGACUUCCAAAGAGAAAUGUUCUUCUACCGUCAGGGUCAGGCUACGGUCCUGGAGGCCCUGCCUCUCCUGAAAGUGCACAACAUAGCCACCAAGAGGCCCGAUGAUUACUUUGCAGAGAUGGCCAAGUCAGAUCAGCAGAUGCAGAAGAUAAGGCAAAAGCUGAUCACAAAGCAGAUGAUCCUGGAAAGGUCGGAAAAAGCCAAAAAGCUGCGCGAGCAGAGGAAGUUUGGCAAAAAGGUCCAAGUAGCAGUGAUCCAGAAGAGACAGAAGGAGAAGAAGGCCAUGAUGUCGGCCGUAAAGAAAUACCAGAAAGGAAUGACUGACAAACUGGACUUCUUGGACGGAGACCAGAAAACCGCCAAAAACUCUUCUGAUGGAUCGAAGAAAGCUGCACCCAAAAAGGGCCCUAAUGCCAAGCGGAAAUUCAAGGACCAGAAGUUCGGUUUUGGGGGUAAAAAGAGCGGAAAGAAGUGGAACACCAAGGAGAGCUUCAACGACGUUUCCGGUUUCCGCGCCAAAACGGCCCACGACAAGGGAGGGAGGAAAGGCAAAGGAGGGAAUAAGAAUAAACGUCCCGGCAAGUCUGUGCGCAGGAAGAUGAAGGGUCGCUCGUAAAGCCAACUGGACUUGGAGCUCGUUUCUUGGGCAGGAUUGAGCACGACUCUCUGCCAUCAGGACUGUGGUUGCUUGUAUAUAUUUUAUACAACGUUAUUAAAUGUGCAUUUAUGCAUGGAUGUAGGGCGACAUAAAUCCUUUUUAAACCACACAGAGUGGGUGGAUCCUGCUUAAAGCCACUUUUUGUCAUCACACUUGAGUGUCUAGCCCAGCCUCUGGGCUGUCUAAUGGAUACCAUGUAUUCUGAGUUUGGGAUACUGUUUUUGUGUUUUCUUCAUUUAUCACUAAAGUGGUUCUCCCUUAUCCAGCUUGGCAUUUUAUCCCGCCGCUGUCAGUUUUGCCCUUUCCCAUUCAUUAGUGUGAUUAGUAUGUAAUGUGCUUCAUUUAGACGCGUUACUUUUUAAAGAUGCAAAAAAAAGGUUUUAAUGAUGAAAACAACAAAUCCAUUCUCUUGGUUCAGUUUGUGCCUCGUCGGACAAAAGUUGCAUUUUUUGUGACGUCGGUCUUGAAUCGGCGGAAGUUGAACCUUGGGUCCUGGUGGUCCUCUUGAAUCUGGAGGAAAGACUAUGGCAGAAUCGGGGUUUAGAGUAAGAUUUAGAAAUUGUGUUUCUUUGAAGAUUAAAAAAAAAUACAAUAA